GGAGAUGAUUUGGUUAUAGCCGAAACGGCUCCGGCAUCAAUUGUAGUUCUACACGUCCCAAGCAAAGAAAUAGUGGCAUUCUACCAGAGGAUGGACCGAAGAAUUAUUAUAAGCUAUAUCAGCUUUAGUAAAAUUACGGCUGAACUUCUUGUGAGUGUUUCCAUGGCAGGUGACGAUGGUUGCUGGGAUUUUAAAAUACUCGUCAUGUCUUCCUUGAAUCGUGUUGUAGAUUUGCUAUGCAUUCCGGAAAGUGGAGUACGUUUCGUGGUGUGGAGCCCUGAUGGAACCAGAUUGGCGACAUCUGGCAAUGAUGAAACAUUAACAAUAUGGAACUUUUGCUCCGAAAAGAGAACAGAAUAUGGUCCGAAUAUAUGGAAACAAAAUACACGUGAAUUGAAUUCUAAGUUUGGUCCCGUAUUUAAAUCGUGGAAUUGUCUCAAGUAGCUUACUGAUCGAAGAUGUGAUGGAAAUAUUUACACUUUUAAAUGUAGGUGAAUUCUGUUGAUAGUAUUUUACAUAUUGUUGCAAACAUAUAUACGUACUUAUUAUUUAUUUAUAUUUAGAAUUUUAUGCAAAACUUAAUAUGUUUUGCUUAUAUCUAUUUUUGGAAAUUUUUUAUUGUAGCUCGUUUGUUUAAAAUAUUCAAAUUAAUAAUAAAAAUGACAAAUUGUUGAACCUAAUUCAUCCAAGAUAUAUACCAUA